GGAUAAAUUUCUUAAUCAGAAGGAUGAACGUAUGCCUAUUACGGAUUCCUUCACUUUGUCAAUGUAUAUAGCAUCAAAUGGGGGGAGGGGGAGGUGGGUGUCCAGCACCGUAUUGCAUAUCUUUAUUUGAAUACGUUGAUGCUGGACAUAUUAAUAGUUUUAAGUGCUACUAUUUUUUGUUUUGAAUGGUGUUUUGUGAAAUUCUCAGUCACUACCGAAGGUUGAUUAGCAAUGAAAAAUGUAGAAUCAGCGCAAUGUAUUGGUUAAACCUUGGUUGAAUUUUUUUUCCUCAGAAUUUGUAGAAGAUGUGGACCUCUUAAUCAGAAAGGCUGAGAGAUGUCUAAAAGAAGAUGCGGACAUGAUAAUGAUUGAUGCUUUGGGUGUUAGCCAACAUGCUGAUAAGAUGCGUGGAGAUAUUGUUGCCAAGAUCAUAGGGCGCCUUGGUCUUGAGAAGACUAUGUUUGAAGCAUCAAAUCAGAGAAUCUCUGAGUGGUUCAUCAGACAAUAUAGUCCAAAGGUGAACCUCUGCAUUGAUCAUUCGCAUGUGCUGGACGUGGAAUGCAUCAGAGGACGCAACUCGGGUAGCAAUCAUGCUUUUGUCUUUGGCCCUUCAUCGUUUUCUGUUCUAAAGUGAAUGGGGAAUUCGUAUAGCAUAAUAGUAUUCGCUGGGAUUGAUUUGUUUGUGUUACUAUUACAGUACAAGUCUUGAGUUGGUGUGUUAAUAUUUCCUUUAACGAGUGAAAGAUUGGGAAAGUUAUGAUGGAGAAUGAAGUAAAUGUAACAUUGUCUUCCAUGAAAUUUAUUUCCCUUAA